AUGGCGAAAGAAAACGGCGAGUCCGGCGAAGGCUCUUCGUGGAAAAAACACGUCGACGAUAUCAAGAAAAUCUUUGACUUUAAGGAAGUCCUUGGCACAGGGGCGUUUUCAGAGGUGGUAAUGGCUCGAGAGAAGGCAACGGGGAAGAUGGUGGCCAUCAAAUGCAUCCCUAAAAAAGCACUCAAGGGGAAGGAGACCAGUAUUGAAAAUGAGAUCGCUGUUCUCAGAAAAAUCAAACAUGAAAACAUUGUGGCUCUGGAGGAUAUUUACGAAAGUUCAAACCACCUUUACCUCAUAAUGCAGCUGGUGUCGGGGGGCGAGCUCUUUGAUCGCAUUGUGGAAAAAGGCUUCUACACAGAGAUGGAUGCGAGUCGCCUCAUCCGACAAGUGCUGGAUGCUGUAAACUAUCUCCACUCCAUGGGCAUCGUUCAUCGAGACCUAAAGCCUGAGAACCUGCUUUACUUCAGCCCACACGAUGACUCAAAGAUCAUGAUCAGUGACUUCGGCCUGUCCAAGAUGGAAGGCACUGGAGACGUGAUGGCCACCGCCUGUGGGACCCCGGGAUACGUGGCCCCUGAGGUUUUAGCACAGAAGCCCUACAGCAAAGCGGUGGACUGUUGGUCAAUCGGAGUCAUUGCUUACAUUCUGCUGUGUGGAUACCCGCCCUUCUAUGACGAGAACGACUCCAAGCUUUUCGAGCAGAUCCUGAAGGCAGACUAUGAGUUUGAUGCUCCGUACUGGGACGACAUAUCAGACUCUGCUAAAGACUUCAUCAGCUCGCUCAUGGAGAAGGACCCAGAGAAGCGUUUCUGUUGUGACCAGGCGCUGGAGCACCCCUGGAUUGCUGGAGAUACAGCCCUCUGCAAGAACAUCCAUGAGUCUGUCAGCCGACAGAUGAGGAAGAAUUUUGCCAAAAGCAAAUGGAGGCAAGCCUUCAACGCCACAGCAGUGAUCCGGCACAUGAGGCGUUUGCAGCUGGGCAACAGUUUUGGCAGCAGUAUCUCCAGUUCCAACUCUGUGUCUGCUGCUCAGAGCCGUGGCCCAGCCAAGAGUCAGUCUGUGGACUGUGCACCGCUCUCCCUUAAGGACUGUACUCCUAUCACCCCACUGCCCUCUGCUGUCAAAGCCUACACUCAGGACUCUGGGCCCCCCUCUCCAGUGCGGGAGGAGUCCCCUGUGGUGCCAGAGGUGCCCCGGCCACGCCCCUCCACGGUCACAGUCAUCCACACUGGGACUAAAUGA